GUCCGCCAUGUGCAGGGGCAGCGAGCAGCAGUGCUGGCAGCGGCAGCGGCGCAGCGCCGGCGUCGACGCGGCUCUGCUGCUGCGAGCGGCGGCCGCCGCCGUCAGGCAGCCAAUGAAAUCUCUGCUACCUCGGCCACUGGCGACCUCUGCCCGCGUGAACCUGAACCUGCACUGGGAUGACCUGGAGCAGGUGAUGGGGGCCGGCGGUGGCCGCCCGUGUAACGCCGUCACCGACAACCUGCGCAGCGAGUGCCUGGGGGAACAGAUUAAGGUCGGCGUUGUCAGCCCAACCCACGACCUGUCUUCAGAGGCACAGAACGACUAACAGUGCUAUGCUGGUGUGCGACUUUAUGUCUAAAUGUUGAGCACUUUUCUGUGUUUUUUAGCCGGUCGAAGUGGCCGCUCGGUUCUGGCGCUGCAGUCUGGAACCGCGAGACCGCUACGGUCGCAGGUUCGAAACCUGCCUCGGGCAUGGAUGUGUGUGAUGUCCUUAGGUUAGUUAGGUUUAACUAGUUCUAAGUUCUAGGGGACUAAUGACCUCAGCAGUUGAGUCCCAUAGUGCUCAGAGCCAUUUUUGUGUUUUUCAUUACUGCUACGUUCUUUACUUCUUAACAUUACUCGAAUCCAGUUUAAACUGAUUAAUUUUUAGGGUGCUGUAAAAGUAGCCAGACAAUAACAGAAUGUUUCGAAUGGAUUUCAAAAUGAUACAGUUUUAUUCUUUUGAUUACUGAAUUCGGCCGUGUAGCAAUUCCAUUUCAACUAAUAUCUCGGUCGCGUAUCUUACGAUUAUGAUUUUCGUGUCUAUUUUAGUUAGUUCACUGCCACGAGCACAAACUAAAUGAAAUUUGUUGGAUGGAACCUCAUACCCUUUACCAGAGAAUGUUAAGUUACACAGUUGAGGGAAGAAGAAAAAUGUGUGGCGAAAUGCUAUCAAAGCCUGGAUGUUUGUUUUCUGAAUAUCGUCUCAGUCAGCACAAUGUCCACAGGCAGAAACUUAGUCUUUUCGCCAAUAACAAAUCAGCGGUGAUAAAAUCGGCUGAUCUGUCUUUCCGUGAUCGUUGACGGUCUAAUUUCUUGGAAUGCCCUGUGGCGAGUAAAUUACCCGAUAUCCGAUUGUAGGAGGUAAGAAAUAAAAGGGAAAGGAAAUAUAUUUCGUAACAAAACUAAGGAACAUACAGCCUCUGUUUCACAUCCUUGUCUCGAUGGUAACUGUACACAUUGCACAACAUGUAUCAACUGUGACGAAUAUUCGACAGGAUAAAAAGAUUGUCGACGAGAAAUGUGCACAAUUUAACAUCUGUAACAUUACAAUCAAGAGGAUUAUUGUACAGUGUAGUGCUAGAAUUUUCUAAGUAGUGAAGGUGAUGUUUGCUCUUGUGCAACGUUGCCCCACAUUUAUUUGUAAUAUUUCCACAGCAUCUCGAAGAUUUAACAACCUAAGAUGGUUCCUUUGUAAAGAACGCACACAAGUAUUUCUCCAUCAUUUCCUAACCUGAGAUCGCACCUAAUCUCUGAAGACGUCAGCAUUACGACGCUAAUUUUCAUUCUUUCGUUUCCUACAUUUAAAGCGAUGGUGCAUUCGAGCAAAAUAAACCAUACGCUCGUAGAGCAAAGAAUGUCCAAAUUAGGUCUGAUGAGUGUCAGCUUUGAGUCCCAGGUCAGUACUGUCUGGAGGUUUUAAUGUUGACACUGUCGUGAAAAUAAAUGAUGAAGGAUGUAUUAUUGUUCUUCAAUGUCUUUGUAAUAUGUUAGACAUCAUAACUGAGUACCUGAUUGUUUUAUUGUAGUUAAGGUUUUCUAAUCUCUGAUCGGAAUGUUAAUUUAGUUGUAGUUUUACCACAGUCUUUCAUUUGUUGCUUACGGUUGUGUCUCGAGCAGCUGAAAAUAAAUUUGCUUGGUGACUGACGAACCAGGAGAUAUCUGUGAUAUAGUACUUGCCUAAGUGCCUACAUGUAAUUUGAAAUGUAUUCUUUAAUGAUAUGUAGUAUCCCAAUGUUGAAAGUCGUAUCUCUUAGUUUGCUUUAGUUGCAUUUGUAGGUGCAUUACCUGAAACAGUCAGUAACUAAAUGAGUUUAAAGUAUCAUUUACUGAAACAACCAUUUUUCUCAUUAUGAAUAUUAGAUAUCAGGCUCUAAAAAAAAUUACUGUGUAUUCUGUAAUUAAUAUUUCUGUUAUAUCACAGAAAAGUUAUUCUCCAAGUUGUUGUUUGAUGUAACGGAUUAAUUUAGAGUGUUUAAACAUGAUACAUAGAGCAAUCCAACGGAAGUUUGUAAUAUUCAACAAUUCUUUUACAUAGUUUCAAUAGUGUUAAAAUUUUUGUGAGUGAUGAAGUAUUGAAACUUUAUUAGAACUGUAUUUUGACACUAGAUUUAUACACAGAAGUGACAGUUUUAAGUUGACUGUGAUAUUUUAUGAUACCCACAGGUUAUUUCCAUAAAAACUUCAUAAAAUCGUACUUAAGGAGAACUGUGGGACAGUUUAUAUAACAUGCUGAAACGUAACGUAAUAUCAGUCUAUAAUUCAAGAAAUCGUAGUCAGAGAUGUCCUGAUGGCUUUGCAUCUGCAAUUCAAAUACUUCAACGAGCUGCAACACAGGCAUUGGCCAGUUAAUUAAAUGUAUUAUUUCCAUUAAUUUUCUGUUCAGCCAUGUUGGCUGGAUUUUUUCAUUGUGGCUGUGUGGUAUCUUUUAAAUAAUUAUUUCAGAAUUCGUCUUCCAUAGACUUAGAAAUGGAUGUAUUGUACUUGAUAAUUUCAUGCAGAUAAUCUUGCUAUUGCCUAUGUGGAUCUGUCUCUGCUCACCCUUUUGUCCUUUGGCCCACUGAGAUCAUUCUUCCUCUUCCAGAACAAUACAAUUAUAUCCAUAGUUGAUAUCAGUAGUGUGUCUUUAAUAGUAAACAUAAAAUUUAUGUAUCACACAGCUUUCAAAAAUAUUUAAUUAUGGAGAGAUGUUAAAUACAGAUGAUGUAGUGUGGGUGUAGUCUGAAGCUUCAUUUGUAGGAGAAUGAUCUGAAGAUAAUUUUCUUUAUCUUUCUGGUUUCAUGUGAGAGACAUUAUGGAGGUUGAAGAGUUUGUAUUCACUACAAAGAGUUUCUCAUCUUAUAGUUCAUUAUGAGGAGACUCAUAUUUCAGUAUGUAUCUCAGUAUUUAAGUCUUGGCAUAGCAGACUGCAGCUAACCAUUCUGCCAUGUGCUAUAUUGUAAUAAAUGUUUUUGUUGUGUAUUUUGAUGAGCUUUAAAAUGCUACAAUGACAAAUAAAAAUAGUGUACAGUUGGAAAUAAAGUUUAUUUAGAAAUA